AUGCUAAAGUUAUUUGUCAAAUUGAAAGUUGUGAAAAAAUACUUAAAUGCAAGUUAUCAGGAAGCAUUACAAAAAGAUGAUCAUAAUCUUAUUAGUAGUAUAAUUGAAGAAGAAAAUUCUAAGUCAUUUCCUUAUUCUAAACAAGAAUCAUUAACUAAAAAUGUGAUUGGAUUUGUUAUUGGUAUAAUGCAAUUUUUGAGUAUUAUAGAAGACAAAGAUUUUAUUAAAAUGAUUAAUGAAUUUGAUUUAUAUUAUAAGGUUCUUAUUUCAAAACUUUUAAAGAUCAAAUUUCAUCAGUAUAUGAAGCAAGAAUAG